AUGGUGAUGGUCGAGGCUGAGCACUUGGAGCGGUCAGAUGGAGCGCUGAAACGCAGGUAUGCCCGGAAUGGCUGAGAGAGGGGGAAAGAGGAGAGGAAGAAAGGAGGAUGCAGAGUGAUGAGUGGGCCUGUAUCUCCACAGGUCGUUUGAUGUAGGACAGUUUAGCCCUCUAUCCCAGGGACAGCGGCAGGUGAGGGACAGAAUGCCACGCAACAACAAUGGGCUGACUUACCAGCUAUUCUUCUAACUGGCUUUGCUCUUUCUAAGUUGUCUUUAGUCAGGUUGUCAAUACUAUUACGCCACUAUUCUUUAUUGCAUCAUUUCAUUGUGUGUGACAUGUUUGUGUGUGACAUGUGUGUGUGUGACGUGUGUGUGUGUGACGUGUGUGUGUGUGAUGUGUGUGUGUGAUGUGUGUGUGUGACAUGUGUGUGUGGUUUGUGCUUUAAUAGUGGUUGGAAAUCCUAACCAUUAUUUCCUUGCUAUACAACACACCAACAUACACACACACACACACCUGUCUCUCUGGGGGGCUUGUUAGCUCUACCAGCUUGUCUGUGCCCUUCUGCACCCAGCUGAGGAGAAUAUGAUUUAUAUGCUCUGGGAGAAGGGAUCGGGAGAGACAGGGCGCGAGAGACAGAGAGAGACAGAGAGAGAGACAGAGAGAGAGAGACAGAGACAGAGACAUACAGAGAGAGAGACAGAGAGAGAGACAGAGAGAGACAGAGAGAGAGACAGAGAGAGACAGAGAGAGACCGAGAGAGAGACCGAGAGAGAGACCGAGAGAGAGACAGAGAGAGACAGAGAGAGAGACCGAGAGAGAGACAGAGAGAGAGACAGAGAGAGAGAGACAGAGGGAGAGACAGAGAGAGAGACAGAGAGAGAGACAGAGAGAGACAGAGAGAGACAGAGAGACAGAGUGAUACAGAGAGAGGGAGAGGGAGAAAGAGAGAUGCAAAGAAGAAUUGCAGAGAAGAAGAGCUGGUACAGAGAGAAGGAGAGAGGGCCUGUUCCCAGGUAGAGAAAGAAGGGAGGAGGAGGAGGAGGAGGAGGAGGAGGAGGAGAGAGAAACUGUGGCAAGGUCCCUAGUACCCCUGGGGAGAGAGGGAGAGAAAAGAAGGGAGGGGUACUGAUACAGAAGAGGAACGAAAGGAAGGUGCUAGAUGGAGAGGUGUAGGAAAUGCAUGACAGGGGAGGGUAGAGGUGAAAGAGGAAAACAAAGAGAGCGAGGGAGGGAGGAGGGUAAAUAAGCGGGGAGGGAAAGAUGGAGGUAGAUAGAGGGAGAUAAACGGACAGAUACGGAGAGAGAUGGAGGGAUUCGAUUUUUCUUCCGCUGUGUGGAGGAAGUGGUAUGAAUCAAUGUUAUCUUCCUUUCUCAAUCACCCUUUCUUUAUCUACCUCUUAGAAUAGGAUGACGGUAGUCUGGUAACCUUAAUGAAGCAGAUGAUACAGAGAGAGAGAGAGGGAGAGAGAGAGAGAGAAAGGGCAUGCUAUCCAUAGAUUCCCAUAGCUGGAAAGCACUGGGAUGAAAUGCGAUACUCCACCCAUUGAGCAGGUGUAUUAAUCACAUUCGUGAAUGUUUUUUCAGCAAGUAUGACAUCUGAAACCAGACGUUUUUUGUUCCCAUAGAUUCAGCCUCUCUUUGGGUGGUAUGUAUGAUUCUGUGUGUGUGUGUGUGUGUGCACGUGUGUGUAUGAGUUAUACCUCAUCCUAACUCUCCUGUCUCCCUCUCUCUCCAGGCUGUGUGUGCAGUGGGGAUGUUUGAGCUGCAGAUCCGUCACUUCCAGAACCCCCAAGGUGUGCUGCAGAGUGGGGAGUGCUGUGACCUCCAGGCCACCGGGGGGCAGCGCUGCUCUCUCGGGGACCAGUGUGACACCUACUUCAAGGCCUGCCUCAAGGAGUACCAGGUCCGGGUCGUCCCCACCGGAGCCUGCACCUUCGGGGUGGGCAGCACCACCGUCCUGGGGGGCAACACCCAAUCCCUCCGUCAUCGAGGUCACGACGAAGGAGGAGGAGGUGAUGGCACUACAGGACACAUUGUCAUUCCCUUCAAAUACGCCUGGCCGGUGAGUACAGAAGUGUAACUACAAUGUGGUUACCAUGGUAAUAUGUUACGGUUCAAGUAGGUAACACUCACAGCGACCUGUGAAAGUGUUGACACUAGCUCUUAGCAUUCAGUCAAGCGGCUUUGGUACUAUUUGCACAAACUAGUAGCAGUUUUCUACUUGUCUGAACAUGGGCAUUGGGUGUGAUGCUGAGAUGAAUCUCUUUCUCCCUCCUUCUCCCUCUGUCUCUCUUUAUCUAUCACUUUCUCUCUCUCCUUCUAAACUCUUCCCUGUUGUGUUAUUGCAUCAUUAAAGCCUCUGAUAUCGCUCCUCUCUGUCUGACUUCGUGUAUCGACUUGUCUGUAUCUGUAUCAGAUAUGGAGUCCAGGCUGGCGGCUAUGACUCGUGUCUUCAUUAAAAAGCAGACCUAUUAAUCGCACAUUAGACCCAUCGAUAAUCCAAUUCUAUCUCUCUCCUCUUCAAUCCUCCACCCCCCUCUAUUCAACACCGCAUCUCCCGACCCAAACAAAACAGGAAGAGGGGAAAAUAGAAACAACAAAUGAAAGCAAAGAGGAAUUUUGAAGCCUUGAGGUUGAGUGGAGGCCUUGAGUGGGGAUAGAGAAGUCCAAGUCUGUUGGUUCUGGCUCACAUAGGUUUGUGUAUUGCUGCUGCUCACAAAUAUGUAGUUAUAUUUUACUGUUACUAAGCCCUGAGAUGUUCGCUAGGGGGGGUGAGGGAGGGUGGGAGGUUUGGAAGGAGACAGGGCAGACAUCUGGAGGGGGGGUGAAAGCUUUUAGCUGGUGGCAGAGAGGGACACUAAUGUUCUCAACGAGCCGAGUUCAACCCCCCAUUUCCAUCCCUUCAUUCCUUCCAUCCCUCCAUCAGCACCCAUUAGAAGUAGUUCCCUGGAUUUUUACUGUAAUUCAUGUCUGUUUGUCUGAGUCGUUUCAGGGCCAGAGCCACAGCGAGAAUCCCUUUUAAAGGACUUGGCACACGCAGGAUGACUGAUCCACAUUGUCUUCCUUCCUGAGACUGGAGCGCUUGUUUAUUUCUUAGUUUGCUGUCUCAAUGAGAGCAUUCCAUUUUUUAUUAUGGCCUGGAAUGCUUAGUUUCUGACCUCUCCGUGAGGUUGAAUGGUUAUUCAUAAUGAAAGUAUUAUAAUAAUGGGGAAUGAGAGCUGACGGUAUGGUUGUAAUUAUAUUCAAAUUGCCUAGUAAUAAUGUUUUUAAUAUUGUGCAAAGCCCUGGUGGAGAUUUAGAGGCAGACUGGGAAUAAGUCUUGUCAUGCUCACCAGCUGGCCUGGUGUUGGAGUGCACAGGUCUGUGUGUCCUAGCUUCAGGCAUCUGGAACACACAGAUGCGCGCGCACACAUACACCCGCAUCGCUUCUGUGUUUAUUUGCCUCAUAUUCAAUCGGUAUCAGUCCAUUCACCUGUGGAAGCGUGUGCGUCACUAAAGACCAUUAUCUGUGUGUUUGUGUUUGUUUUUAUACACUGUCAGUGUCUUUCCUCCAUGUUGGGGAGGUGUGUGAGUAGCAGGUAUGAGUGUGAGAAAAUUCUCCAGCAGAAAGUCUAUCUGGAUCAAUUUCAGUGCCAGGCCAUGGGGCAGGCUGGGCUGCAGGGGAGAGGAGAGGGGAGACAGCAUGAAUGCAUUUCUAUGGGGAGAGCUGCGGCUGAAAGACUCACAUUAUCUGGCCAUCUCUGGGAGGUAGGGGGGAAGCUGGGGGAAAUAGGGGGGAGACGGGUGGAGGCUCAGGCAGUAUUCUGAUCCCUCUGCCCCAGGUGAGGGGAUGAACAGGUGAGCACAGUCAUUAUGAGGAAAGGUGAGCUGCCUUUAUCUCCUGCCCUCGCGCUUUCUCUCCACUAAUCUAUUCAGGGAAAUGAGGGUGUGUGUGUAUGUGUGUGUGGCCUGUUUCUCUGCAUGUGCCUGUUGGUGUGUGUUGCACGUUUGUAUUUGCUUGUGUUUUGGGUGUGAAUAAUCUGCGUGUGUGUGUGUGUGUUUUUGUGAAUGUGUAUUAUAUUUCCCUAUUGUCUCCCAGCCCCUCACUGUCUGAUCAUAUGGACUGAAGGAUUUGGCUGCAGUUUGACCCCAAGUCCAGGGACAGCUAGCGGCCUGGUCUGGGAUGUUUUAGCUAAGGCGUUUCCGUUGAGAUAUAAAAUAUCAAAGCAUUUAGAACCAUGAGGUCAUUUCUCAAGUCUCACGGUCUCCUGUUGUUUCCACUCUCAUAUCUGAUUGGCGAAAGGGGGGACUGUGGGGAUUGUCAUUUUUUUUGUCUAUGUGGCAGAGGAAACUUACACAGUUUAUGAAUGAAUGGAAGGAGUGAAUAGGUGGUGCACCAGAAAGAGUUGCCAGGUAGCACUUAGACAAAGGUGCAUUAUAAUCGCUUUAAAGUCUUGUUCCUCUCAAAGAUCCGAAUGCUAUAGAAUCAUUACUCUAGAUCUGCGGUGCCUAACUUGAACCUUCGGGCUCUCAUUGACAUCAAUGUACAGUAUGAUUUACACUAAACUGUUUAAGUGUCCUGCUUUGCAUUCUCCUCUAACAACGUUUUCCAUCGUGCUGUUGUUGCCUUGGGCUAGCUUUAGAGGAAGGGUUUGGGCUUAGUCUUUUGUUAAGAGUCCUGUAACAAAUGACUUUGUGAUAGGCACUAAACAAAUACCAUUGAAGAGAACUGAAUGGGCUGUGGUCCUCAUCUCUUGAUCUUAGGUCAGUCAUUCAUAAUCCUGACCUCAAGUGUUAAGCCCCUAAAUCUGAUCCUAGGUUAGGUUCACUGCCAGAGGGAGAGAGCUCUCAACUGGUGGGACUCACGUUACUGCUGACUGUGUGUGUGUGUGUGUGUGUGUGUGUGUGUGUGUGUGUGUGUGGUGCGGUGUGUGUGUUUCGGUAACCACAUCAUCAUCUAUAAUAAUUUAUUUUUCACUCUCUUUCAUUUCUUUUCAUUCAUCAUUCGCUUCCACCACUUGCCUUAUUUGUUCAUAAAGUUUAUUUAAAAAGACAUGCUUGUACAGUAUUGUGUUGUGUUGUAUGUUCAGGUUGUAGAGUGAAAAACCUUCAAUGCCGCACAUACUGUUUAUAAGACUAACCUCGUGAAUAUAGGCCAGUCUUGUGAGGGCAGUAGUACCAGGAACCAUCAGCAGUCAAAGGUCAGAGUUGAAGUGUGUCUCAUAAUUCCCAAACUAGGGUUUUCAGGGUUGUCACUAGAUGGCCAUGCUAGAAUGGACAAAAGAGGCAAUAUCCACAGAACUGUUGAGGAAGGACCACUAUUUGUUCUCUAUUAAUUAACUAAGGGUUAGUCAUUUUUUUGAUUAGGAAAGCAUCAUACUUCCAUCCUCUCUAGCAUGACCUUACUGACCUCUGUUCUCUCUGUGACAACUGGGUUUCCAGGAACAACUGAAAGGGCCCUGCUUUCAAACAUGCAAAGUAGAGGGAUUAUGCAAAUGUAAUUCAGCCAGUACUCUACUGUGUUCUAGGUUGGUUCUAAUAUGAUCUACUACACACAGACGCACAUACACACACACACACACACACACACACACACACACACACACACACACACACACACACACACACACACACACACACACACACACACACUGUGGGUUUACCUGUGCAUUUGUGUUGUGUGGGAGUCAGGCUGGCCCAGUCACCAGGGGAUAUGGGAGGAGAGACGAGGACAGAGAGCACACUUAGAACAUUCUUUCAUUUGGGUCGCUCCCUCUUUCACUCGUCUUCUCUACUCCUCCUUUGUGCUUUCCUCUCCUUUGUCCAUCGAUGACUCUCCCAUACACACUCACCUGUGGGCUGACAUUGGACACACACACACACACACAAUCCUGUCUCUAUCACGACUCGGGAUAUGACCCAGAUGCAGACACAGGAGGCGGAUAGAACAGUUCUCAGAUAAUGUAUUAUAAACAUGGGGCAGGCGAAGGGCAGGUCGAGGACAGGCAGAGGUUCGUGAUCAGGUCAGAGUCAGGCAGGUACAGGACGGCAGGCAGGCUCGGGGUCAGGGCAGGCAGAAUGGUCAGAACCGUGAAAAUUAGGAAACAGAACUUGAGAAACAGGAAGAUGGGAAAGCACGCUGCAAGACAAGAUGAACUGGCAACAGAGAAACAGAGAACACAGGUAUAAAUACACAGGGGAUAAUGGGGAAGAUGGGCGACACCUGGAGGGGGGUGGAGACAAGCACAAAGACAGGUGAAACAGAUCAGGGUGUGACAGUCUCACCCUCUCAUACUCCCAUACUGUAUAUGCUUCUAAAGGCACACAGCACAGGAGCGCAGGCACAAAUCGACUGACACCCAUACUGUAAAUUAGCUCACACACAGUGUAUCAUGACACGCAAAGAAAGUGAAUUCCAUCAGGGAUUGAGCCUUGUGUUUUUUAGAGAUAGGUUAAUAACCUGGAGGACACAAGUCUCUCUAGGGAGGCAGCCUUUUAAUGAUUUAAUUUGUGUGCAAAUUGGAUUGAAAUGGGAGUUUCUUUAUUAGGAGGGGGAAGCAGAUUUUCACAAUCACCUUGGAGAUCCUGUAGGGACCGUGUGUGGAGUGUGUGUGUGUGUGUGUGCGUGCGUUCAUCUGAGUACACUGUGUUUGAAGAAGUGCAUGGGCACACAGCUUUGUAAGUAGUUGAGCAGGUGUAAUUACAGAAGUCUAUUGACUCCUCACCCAGCUCCCUCUAGCACUCCCCCCACCCAAUCUCUCAGUUUCUCUACCUUUACUACUCUAUCCUCCAUCCCCUGUGUCCACCCCCUCCGAAAGUCACUCAUCUGUCAACACUCUCCCACACACUUUAUCCUUCUCCCCCUCUCUCUCUCCUCUCUCUCUCUCUCUCUCUCUCUCUCCUCUCCUCUCUCUCUCUCUCUCUCUCUCUCUCUCUCUCUCUCUCUCUCUCUCUCUGUAACAUUCUCACUCAUCAUUAUUCACGAUUCAUUCAUCACUAUCCGUAAUCAUGGUAGCAUCCACAUUAAGUGUUUAGAAACAUACAUUAUUUUCCAUUAAUUUCUGUUGGGCACAAAAUUAUUUAAAACACAACCACAUCCAACAAGUUUGUAGAGUCACAAGCUUGAUAUAAUCAUUGUGUUUUAUUUAACCUUUAUUUAACUAGGCAAGUCAGUUAAGAACAAAUUCUUAUUUACAAUGACAGCCUAACCCGGAUGACGCUGGGCCAAUUGUGCACCACCCUAUGGGACUCCCAAUCACGGCCAGUUGUGAUACAGCCUGGAAUUGAACCAGGUGGUCUGUAGUGACGCCUCAAGCACUGAGAUACAGUGCCUUAGACCGCUGCGCCACUCGGGUGCUAGGGAUAUGGGACCAAAUACUAAACAUUUGACUACUUUAAUACACAUAUACACUACUGGUCAAAGGUUUUAGAACAUCUACUCAUUCAAGGGUUUUCCUUUAUUUUUACUAUUUUCUACAUUCCCAGUGGAACGCUUUCGACUCCUUGAAGUCCAUGCCCCGACGAAUUGAGGCUGUUCUGAGGGCAAAAUGAGGUGCAACUCAAUAUUAGGAAGGUGUUGCUAAUGUUUUGUACACUCAGUGUGUGUAUAUACAGUACCAGUCAAAGGUUUGGACACACCUACUCAUUCCAUGGUUUUUUCUUUAUUUAUACUAUUUUCUACAUUGUAGAAUAAUAGUGAAGACAUCAAAUCUAUGAAAUAACACAUAUGGAAUCAUGUAGUGACCAAAAAAGUAUUAAACAAAUCUAAAUAUAUUUUAUAUUUGAGAAUCUUCAAAUAUCCACCCUUUGCCUUGAUGACAGCUUUGCACACUCUUGGCAUUCUCUCAACCAGCUUCACCUGAAAUGCUUUUCCAACGGUUUUGAAGGAGUUCCCACAUAUGCUGAGCACUUGGCUGCUUUUCCUUCACUCUGCGGUCCGACUCAUUCCAAACCAUCUCAAUUUGGUUGAGGUUUGGGGAUUGUGGAGGCCAUGUCAUCUGAUGCAGCUCUCCAUCACUCUCCUUCUUGGUAAAAUAGCCCUUACACAGCCUGGAGGUGUGUUGGGUCAUUGUCCUGUAGAAAAACAAAUGAUAGUCCCACUAAGCCCAAACCAGAUGGGAUGGCGUAUCGCUGCAGAAAGUGUGCCUUGAAUUCUAAAUAUCACAGACAGUGUCACCAGCAAAGCACCACCACACCAUAACACCUCCUCCUCCAUGCUUUACAGUGGGAAAUAAACAUGCAGAGAUCAUCCGUUCACCCACAACCGCAUCUCACAAAGACACAGCGGUUGGAAUCAAAAAUCUCAAAUUUGGACUCCAGACCAAAGGACUCAUUUCCACCGGUCUAAUGUCCGUUGCUCAUUUUUCUUGGCCCAAGCAAGUCUCUUCUUCUUAUUGGUGUCCUUUAGGAGUGGAUUCUUUGCAGCAAUUAGACCAUGAAGGCCUGAUUCACACAGUCUCCUCUGAACAGUUGAUGUUGAGAUGUGUCUGUUACUUGAACUCUGUGAAGCAUUUAUUUGGACUGCAAUUUCUGAGGCUGGUAUCUCUAAUGAACUUAUCCUCUGCAGCAGAGGUAACUCUGGGUCUUCCAUUCCUGUGGUGGUCCUCAUGAGAGCCAGUUUCAUCAUAGUGCUUGAUGGUUUUUGCGACUGCACUUGAAGAAACUUUCAAAGUUCUUGAAAUGUUCUGUAUUGACUGACCUUCAUGUCUUAAAGUAAUGAUGGACUGUCGUUUCUCUUUGCUUAUUUGAGCUGUUCUUACCAUAGUAUGGACUUGGUCUUUUACCAAAUAGGGCUAUCAUCUGUAUACCCUACUACCUUGUCACAACACAACUGUUUGGCUCAAACGCAUUAAGAAGGAAAGAAAUUCCACAAAUUAACUUUUAAGAAGGCCCACCUGUUAAUUGAAAUGCAUUCCAGGUGACUACCUGAUGAAGCUGGUUGAGAGAAUGCCAAGAUUGUGCAAAGCUGUCAUCAAGGCAAAGGGUGGCUAUUUGAAGAAUCUCAAAUAUAAAAUAUGUUUUGAUUUGUUAAACACUUUUCUGGUUACUACAUGAUUCCAUAUGUGUUAUUUCAUAGUUUUGAUGUCUUCACUAUUAUUCUACAAUGUAGAAAUAGGAAAAAUAGAGAAAACCCCUUCAAUGAGUAGGUGUUCUAAAACUUUUGACCGGUAGUGUAAGUGAAUUUGUCCCAAUACUUUUGGUCUCCUAAAAUGGUGGACUAUGUACAAAAAGUGCUGUAAUUCUUAUACGGUUCACCUGGUAUGGAUGAAAAUACCUUCAAAUUAAAGCUGACAAUCUGCACUUUAAUCACAUAGCCGUUCUAUCAUUUAAAAUCCAAAGUGCUGGAGUACAGAACCAAAACAGCAAAACAAAAUUCACUGUCCCAAUACUUUUUGAGCUCACUGUAGCUUCCUUUGCUAUGGGAAUUAGAUGUAGCAGGGAAUAUCAGUCAUACUACUAAUGGUUUUCCUUGGGGUAUCCCUGUUCAGGGACACAGUGAAUGGUGUGUAGUGAACUGGAUAAACCCCUGGGUCCCAAGUGUAGUUCCCUGUCUCUUCUAUGUCAUCCUCCAAGUCCUUUCCUUCUUUUUAAUCUCACUAUGGCAUCGUGGGAGCCACGGUCUCUAACUACUACUCAUUAUUAACACAUGAACACUGCUCUCAUUCCGUUCUGCUGUCUAUCUGUGGGUGAUUGACUCACUUACCUGACAUCUCAUCUCUGGGAAAAGAGAGUGUGGACCUGUGUGGGGUGUGUCCUUGUGGGUAACUUUUGAGAGGCCAUCCAGUGACCACACACACACACACACACACCCAUCCCCAUACCUACUUUCUCACUCGCCGUGCCUCACACUAAACACACAAGUGUGGAUGUUUAGCAGCCAGUGACCAGACAAGGUAAUUUCCUGCGGAAGCCGGAGGGGGCGUCUCGCUGUGGGCCGGGGAGGCGAGGCAAGAUGGGGGGAGAGAUGGGGAGUCAGGGAGGGAACAUGCCAUGCCGCGACGGCUCUGUUGUUUCAGAGCAUUUGAAGUAGCCUGGAAUCACAUACCUUUGUCAAGCCAAUUAACCACCUAAGAAUGUGACUCAAAGACAGAGAGGGAGGAGGAGGAGGAGGAGGAGGAGGAGGAGGGGAGGAAUGGGGGAUGA